CAAAAAUCAGUGCGAUCAAUCAAGAUGGUGGCAACAGACGGCCAAGAACCUACCAUAAUACUCUACACAGGCCAGACUCCCAACGGCAUCAAGAUCAGUAUCACCCUUGAAGAACUGGGCCUUCCAUACACCGUACGCAAGGUCGACAUCGCAGCCGACGAGCAAAAGACCUCCUGGUUCGAAGCAAUCAACCCCAAUGCCAGGAUCCCUGCCAUCACAGAUGUAUUUCCAGAUGGCAAAGAAAUCCGCGUGUUCGAAAGCGGGAGUAUAAUGCAAUACCUCGUUGACCGCUACGACACAGAGCAUAAGAUAUCCUAUCCUCGCGGAAGCAGAGAAUGGACCGAGACGAACAACUGGCUGUUUUUCAUGAACGCGGGAGUGGGUCCGAUGCAAGGCCAAGCAAAUCACUUCUUUCGUUACGCGACUGAGCAUGUUCCGUAUGCGAUUGACAGGUACCAGAAUGAAACGAGACGGCUCUAUGGUGUUCUCGACAAGCAUCUUCGGGAGGCUGGGACUUCAUAUCUUGUUGGCGAUCGAUGUACCAUCGCAGAUAUUGCGCACUGGGGAUGGAUUGUAUUAUCAAGGUGGGCGCUAGGAGGGCCGCAUCAUCCUUCGUCUCCAUUAGACAAUUUCCCGGCUCUGAAGGCCUGGGAGGAGCGGAUGUAUUCUCGGCCGGCGGUGGACCGUGGGAGACAUGUGCCUGACAAGCAUCAGAGGGAGAUGUUGCGGGACCCAGCGGCGAUGGAAGCAUUUGAAGCCCGAGGCAAGGUAUUUUAUGAGAAGAUUGCAGACAAGGAGAAAAGUUGAGACUGGUUUGUCAUUUGUUAGCUACAGUGGAAGAAGCUCAGGUAAAUCGGGGUAUCUCUGGUGAAUCAAAAACAUGCUUGGAUGGACGUGACUGGUGGCACCCCCUCUGUCUUACGAUCUGUGGCGGCAUCGGGUCUCAUUGUGCAGCCGAUUGCAGCUCAUUUCGCAGCUGGACUGCAAUCUCAUCGACAGCCUUUCGUUUCGCUUCCGGGGUCUCGGCGUGGACUUCAGCAGGACGUUUG